AAGACAAAGCCAAUAAUACCGAGAACAAGAAGUCUCAUUACACAAAAUCUGCAGUUCCCAGGUUUCCACUAUGCGGUCCCCUUCACUUGUCCUUUUAUCAGAGAACCCUAUUCAGUCACUCUAUCAGUCUACCAUAUCCGUGAUGUGCGAGGAGGUUUUAGCCGCUGUGGCCUUCACGGAUACCUGUUUGCGAAUCGCCGCCGUCGCCGCUUCUGUGUACCGGCUCGGGCUACGUCAUCCCGUCGACGGCACUUCACUUUCGCCGCGUAGGAUAUUGUUCGGCACGUAAGAUGGUGACUUCCUGGUGAUUCUUGUAUACCGGAAAUCAAGACUGCAAUUUAUGUCCACGAGAUAAGGAAACGUGAGAGCUGUCAGCCAAGGACGCCUCGCAGGACCAAGAUGGCUGCCCCCAGGCGCGUUCCGGCCACCCAGAUGAUUGACGGCGACAUCUGCUACAUCUACUUUGACCCAACCCUGUACCGGAAAGCCCCCAACUUUGAGCCGCAGGACGGCGACAUCAUCGAGCUGACCUACCCCAGGUGCGGUUCCCACUGGAUCCAGCAGAUCAUCCAGCUCGUCCUCGAACGGGGCGAGUCCGCAAAGACGUUCGACGAGUUCGCCAACCGCGCGCCGUUCCUCGAGAUGAACGAGCUGAAGCCCACCAAGGCCCCCCGACUAAUCCGAACCCAUUUACCCUUCGGCAAGAUCAAGUUCAGCAGGAAGGCCAAGUAUGUCUACGUCGCCCGUAACCCGUGGGACUGCUGCGUGUCAUGCUACCACCUGAUCCGGGAAACACCCUCCUGCAAGUUCGGCGACGGCACCUUCGACGAGUUUCUGGAAGCCUUUAUUCGGGCGGAGAUGGGGGCCGGUGAUUACUUUGACAACCUGAUGGCCGCCUACGAGCUCAGGGACGAGCCCAACGUCUUCUUUGUGACGUACGAAGAGCUGCAGGAACGCAAGGCAGACGUCGUGCUCAGACUGGCGGACUUUCUCGGCGAGGAUUACGGCAGGUGCCUCAGGGAGAACGACGACGUCUUUCGCCGAGUCAUGGAGAAGAGCACCGUGUCCUUUAUGAAGGAGUUCCUCAGGCCGGACCAAAAGCAGGUCCUUGUACAGCUCGGCAAGGACACGGGCUCCGCAGACGACUCCGAGACAAAGGCCGUUCUAAAUCUCGUCCGGCGGGGUACGGUGGGAGACUGGAAGACACACUUUUCGCCGGAAAACAUUGAGACGAUGCAAGCCUACAUCGAUGCCAAGACCAAAGGUUCCGAGGUCAUGAGUCUUUGGAAAGAUUUUCGAAUCUAAGACGGCGUUUCUGCGAGCUGUCCUUCUAGUUCCUCAUAUUCGCGUACGUAAACCUAGAGUAUAUCUAGGCUCACAAACUAAGAUAUUGGAUCGAAGGAAUGCAAGAGCUCACAAAUCGAGAGGUGCAUUGGGAAAAUUUGAAAAAAGCUUCCAUUUUUGACUAUGAAAGUGCUGGGAAAACGGUGGGGUGGCAAGAGGGAGAGAUGAAUGUAUGGACUGCAGCAAAUUACUAUUGCAUGUCCAAGAAGUGUGUCGGUAAGGUACAAAAAGGCACACCAAAACCUUGGUUUGGCUUCUCCAAGAAAAACAUUGUCAUUGUUUGUCGUUUCCUUCUCGGAAAGCCUGCUAUUAUGGUAGUCUGAUGGCCUCAUUCGUUACUAGUUUAAAGCCUUUUUUUUUUCACCGUGAAGUAAGCGCAGCAUUUUGGCGACCCAAAAGAUCUUCAGCAAAGCAGCCUCUUAAACAAAUGUAAUCUUAUGUACCUGGCUAGUAACUCCAGCUCCAAGGAAUAGACUAACUUAAAAAAAAAAAAAAAUACUUUCGCAAACUACGAUGCUGCAAUUCGCACCCAGGUACAAGCACUGUGUUCUUUUGUAAAAAUAUCCAAGGAAGAUAUUACCUCAAUCGAAAAUUACGGACAAAAUUUGCAAUUUUCUUCGCAAGUUCAGCCCAUUUCCCGUUAAAAUGAGAAUGCCCCCCUUUGUGUGGGUGCCGUGUUGAAAUAAAUCAAAAAGCUAAAAAAAUUUCAUAAGGGCACGGUGACACCGUCUUGAUGUCGCCCUGGGUGACCGCCCGGGCAGCCCACUCCUACAGCUGGCCUCGACUGGGACGUCUGAUUUAGCAAAGCGAUAAAAAAGGGACCAAUGCCGGAAUAAUUGCCUUCCUUUUCUAGUCGUGUUCAAUCAAAUGCGAAACUCGGCUGAAACGAAUGUUUCUUUUUGUUGGUUUCACUGAUGUUGCCUCAUAAAACAUUUGUUUUUGUGCUGUCCUGUAUAGACCAACAUGCGGCUUCGACGUCACGCUUCUGUGGUGGCGCUGUUGUCGCCACGGCGCAUGUGCAGAAGCUUCAUUACACAAAUCUGGUUUCUGCGCUCCUGCAGUGCUCACACCUGGUGUGGGCGAAUGCGGGCUUGUUUGGAAACAGCGUGUCGGUUUAUAAGCUAGUUCACCCUUGGAUAUUUUCGAACGGGAAGUUUGCACUUGCAACCACCUUCUCUGCGAAUUAAUCGAGCCAUGUCUCGUGCGAUCGAGGUUUGUGGUCUGUUGGAAAUGGGUUGAAUAAACCCCAGUGCUCAGAUGGUCCAAAGACACCUUGAUUAUAUUUUAUGUAAUGUGUAAAAUAUGCACAUUUUGCAUAAAUAUUUUAUUGAACGGACAUAACGUCAGCCUUUGCAUUGUUGUAUUUUCAAAUAAAUUAUCGCUUUCAUUGUUUCAA